AUGUUGGUCUCUUUAAUUAUUUUAAUGUUCUCUCUCUCCUUCUCGGAGGCUCUUACCUAUCCAGAUCUUUUUAGAAGAAAUGAACCUAAGACUUGUCCCAGUGCCUUAUUAGGCGCCAACUUUGAUGAUAAUGCCGUGAAAGAUAAUGCCGUGGGGCAGCUGACCUUCUAUCAAGGUCAAGAUGGCGCUGUCUGGAUACAAGGGGCAUAUCAAUCUGGAUUUAAAGAUCAUAAAGAGUGGUCUUAUGAUUGGACCAUUAAAAAUGGCUGCGGUGAAACGGUUUAUAAUAUUUCUGAUGCCAUCGAAAUACAAUAUUUUAAGGGUACUACCUGCAGUAAUUCAGUUGACGAUCCUAACCAAUUGAGUAAACCAAGUAGUGAUUCUAAAAGUUAUAAGAGGAGAAAAAGAAUGAAUAGCGAUACCCAUGAAUGUAGUACUGGUGAUUGGGGUGUUGCUCCCUGGGUUGUUAAAGUAGAUGAUUUAAAUUGGCAUUGUGAUGGAAAGGGAAUAAAAUUCCAAACCUGUGAUGGUAAAGACAAGUAUAAAUGGUCAAUUCCUGACUACGAACUUGAUGAUGAUCAUAAAAAACGUGGUGAGGAAGGUGAUGAUGAUAAAAAAGAUAAAAAAAAGAAGAAGCCAGGUAGAGUUAAGGAUGUAGGUCCAGUAUCCGGAUUGUACGUGGUAAUCGAAGGUUGCAGUAAAUCUGGAAAACGUCAGACGGGGUCUACAUUUGCAGCUCCUAUUAAUGUUAACAACGAAGGAAAUACCGUUGCUCCACCACCACCUCCACCUGCACCUGCACCCGCUCCUGCUCCCGCUCCUGCACCUGCUCCCGCACCGGCUCCUGCUCCCGCACCGGCUCCUGCACCGGCUCCACCAGCUCCUGCACCGGCUCCACCAGCUGCCACAGCAGCUCCACCCACAGAUAGCUUAACAACAACUACUACAACGACCAUCACGGUUACAGCCACCGUGCCACCACCAGCUGCAACGACGUAA